AAGAGCAUCCCCACCGUUGCCUUGUCUAUAGAGAAGCCUUCGUCACCAGCCCCGAAGAAUAAGGAAAUUGAGAAGAUACCCAAUCCACCUAAAAUUAUUCAGCUCUCAGCUUACCUUUUUUUUUACCAAUGGCGUCCCACCACUCCCUUAUUUAUACCCCUCACCCCUACCGUCUACCCCCCGACCCCUCUCUCUCACUACUACCCUCUUCCACUGCCGCCUCUUUCUAUCGGCAAAACCUCAAUUUUCACUACAAAAAGAUUUCAAAUUCUAUUCAACGAAGGGGAAUUGUGGUGUGUUCAAUGGCGGCGGAGAACAAAGUGAUGAGUGGUAAUAGAAUGCUGGUGUUUGUUCCACCACAUCCUCUGAUAAAGCACUGGGUUUCAGUUCUUCGAAAUGAGCAGACGCCUAGCCCCAUUUUCAAGAAUGCCAUGUCUGAACUUGGUAGAUUGCUUAUGUAUGAAGCUUCAAGAGAUUGGUUGCCUACCAUAACAGGAGAGAUCCAGUCACCAAUGGGUGUUGCAUCUGUGGAGUUCGUUGAUCCAAGGGAACCUGUUGCAAUUGUUCCCAUCUUGAGAGCUGGUCUGGCUCUUGCCGAGCAUGCAUCAUCAAUUCUUCCUGCAACAAAAACUUAUCAUCUGGGAAUAAGCAGAAACGAAGAAACACUUCAGCCCUCUGUAUACUUGAACAAGUUGCCCGAUAAAUUUCCUGAAGGUUCUCGUGUGAUUGUUGUAGAUCCAAUGCUGGCAACUGGUGGUACAAUAGUUGCAGCCAUUGACCUUAUAAAGGAACGUGGGGUUGACAAUAGUCAGAUUAAAGUUAUAUGUGCAGUUGGUGCUCCGCCUGCUCUCCAAAAGCUCAGUGAGAAAUUUCCAGGAUUACACGUAUAUGCUGGAAUACUUGAUCCAACUGUUAAUGACAAAGGGUUUAUUAUCCCCGGUUUAGGAGAUGCUGGAGACCGUAGCUUUGGCACAUAAAGUAAUGUGCC